AUGGCCACACCAUUUGUCACCACCGACAACUUCCUUGCCAUCGCCCUCAUCAUCAACCGCUCUCGUGAUGGCCCGGCCUUUGUCUUCCACUAUCCCCCUCACGUCCAGCCUAGCUCCGGGACCUCCCAAGCUCCGGCUGAUUUCGAGGAUAUCCUCCUUGAGCGCCUCUCGCAGCCGGGCCACCAGGAUGUCGACGACGACGACGCGACUUCCAGGCAAGCCCGCAACCCAGAAGAGCACUACUUCACCGAGUCUGGUACCCAGAUCGUCCCCUGGGAGCGUGUCGCCGGAUUCCCUUCCCGUGAUCUUGCUGGAAUUCUCACUCCAGCGCGCUCAUACCACAAGCGCCUCUUCCAACUAUCAUUAGAUCCCCUAUACUGCGUUUCCUAUCCCAUUCAUGUCCCCGAGAAUGGCAAGUGGAAGAAGCCCAAGAAGACAACCAAGUCCUCCAAGCGUUCUGCCUACACCGAUGACCUGACCGCCUCCCAGGAGCAGGAUGGAUCCGCUACCGGCAAGGCAACUGAACACCCACCCAAGGAUAAGGAUGUUAAGAAGGAUAAGGACGGCAAGAAGGAUGAGGACGACGAGAAGCGCAGCUCCAUGACCAUGUUUAACCUCGUCUUCAUCCUUAACCCCAAGAGUAACGAGGUCAAGGAGGUCAUCGACGCUGUUUAUGAUCACCUCGUCAAGAAGAUCAGCAAGGCCUUUAAAUAUAGCCAACAGCAUAGCGAGUUCGUCUGGAAGGAGUCGAAGCGCAUCCUCGUCGCCAAGGACAAAGCCCGCGAAGAGCGCAAAAAGAUGAACGUGCUAUGGAAGGAAAUACUGCAGAGCUCGUCACUGGCCGCUGCCAUGCAUGACAUCUACGAGGGCGUGUCGCAGAACCGGAUCGCGACACUCCAUCUCGAAACUGCCGCAGGCUCCCUCACACCCUCAGUUCAGAUCCCUGUACCCUUCUACGUCGACGACCUUCCCCAGGGCGAGGCACCGGCUCAGCGCGGCCUCUGGAUCACCACUGCCAACUCGUUUAUGAGCCAAGACGCCUUUGAGGAGCCUGGCUUCCUCGACCGCAAUUUCGCCCUCUUGCUUCUGGAUGACGAAAAGAAGAUCAUCUCAGAGCUUCAAGCUGACCCAGAUCCAACAACCGCUUCUAUGGUCGAGUUUGUGCGACUCUCCAAACCAACAAUGUCCUUCCAUCAAGUAGGCCAGAGCAAUAUUCUCACCGCAGGACAGGUCCGCAAGUAUGCUCAGCACUUCAUCUUCUGGCGUCGCGCCAUUGCUAUCCCGCCCCUCCACGCGCGCGACCAGUAUAUCGGGUCUCCCAAUGCGGACUACACGCAGCUCCCCCAGGACACACUUGAAUGGCAACGUGCAUUUCCCCUUGCCCCGCCCCUCCCCAACUUCCUCGCCGAGCUCUCCCAGUGCCCGCGGCCUUAUAAAGGGUUCUCCCCGAGCAAGGCCCAUCGGCCAACCUACCUCCUCAUGCUCGCCUGGCUCAUGCGCCGCGGCUGGGUCACCCAGCUGUGCACCUUUGCCUACGUCGUCGUCUGGCCUGAGAUCCUCUACGAGGUUGAUUACGAGAUGGAGGCCGAGGACCUCCGCGCUGCGGCCGACGCCGACGGGGCCCGCUCCGAGGACUCGUCGGGCGCAGCCCCGCCCCGCACCUCCGAGUCCUCCGAGGAUCAUUCCGGCACCGACGGUUCCAACGUCCCCACCAUGACGGAGCAGGCCGCAGAAAAGGCCCGACUCGAGCGCAUCGCCUCCAAAGCCCAUCGCGAAGCAGCUGAGAAAGCCACUGCCCACGCCCGCAAGGCUGUCCCCAUAGCCACCGCCCACCCGUCCGUCAACGAUCAUGCUCACCUUGCUAGCCUAACACCGCAUAUCAUCCUUGACACCAAGAAGGCCACUGGCAAGGAGUCACGCUACCUUUCCGCCAUCGCACGACGCUUCACCGAUGACAAGCUCCGCACGGGUUGGCAGCGGCUGUCCAAGUACUUUGAUGGCCAAUGCGCCCUUGAACGCAUCGCCCUGCAGGAGGAAAUGAAACGCAAGGAGGUCUGGAACAUGCUCACCGCCAUGAGUGAACACCUACUAUGCGCCCGGCAUUGGUGA